AUGCAGGGCUUGCUGCACUUCUCAAUCCUGUUUGAUGCGGACUGGCAUGGCAUGGGGAUUCACGUGAUAUGGAAGGAAGACACUGGUGUGGAAUUAAAAUUCACCUUGCAAGUGGUACCCAAUCCGGUGCGAACAAGCGCAAGGAAGAGACGAGACUGGAAUCUUCAAUCACUGUUUGGUCGCUUCAUUGCACGAUCAUGCCCAGUAACGAGCUUCAGUUCUAUCACUGAUGUUCUACCAGAAGAGAAAGAUCACCAAAUCACCCCUGAAAAUCUCACUCGUGUCGAUGGUUUAACUAUUUAUGACUUAUCCUCCUUACUGCCGCUAUUAAUACUGGUCACCCUGCUCAGCGUGAAACGAACAAUUCGUGGUGCAACGCAAACACGAGGCGUUCUAUCUGUUUCUGCGGCUAACAAUUCUCCUCAGGAGAUAUCAGCAGGUUAUCUGGAGAUAAUCCCUGCACUCCUCACGCUGUAG